AUGGUCACAUAUGCAACCAAGUGGAAAGGGGUUUUCAGUGUUUUCCUUGACGAAAUGAACUGUACACUGUUAGUUUUUGUUUUGAACAUUCUCUCGCUGGUGAUUGUCACAUCUGGCUCGACGUGUGAUCAACCAACCUCUCCUCAUGGCUCAGUCAUCAUUCAUCCCACUCAGCGAGAAAAGUACCAAAACGGCCAAGUAAUUCUCUUUGGCUGUAAACAGGGUUUUUAUCUGGAUGGAAUGCCAAUUAUAACAUGCAAUGGGAACAAAUGGACACAGACACAAUUCCGAUGUCUGGGGUUUUGUCCGGAGUUGCGUAACAUUUUAAAUGGUAAAGUAUCUCAUGUGACCCCACAAGUUGGCAAGGCUGCCAUAGGAUUUCGCUGUGAUAAUAACAGUUUCCAGCUGAUCGGUAGGACGAGGUUGGAAUGCAUAGAUGGACGAUGGAAUGGAAAGUUACCCUAUUGUCAUAAGUUGCCGUCGUGUGUUCGUCUGCAAAGUCCAGCUAACGGUACACUACAUGGUAGUGACAACAGCCAUAGUGCAGAAGUAAAAUUCUCUUGUUUUACAGGCUUUGAUCUAUGUGGGGCUUCAACAUUAACAUGCGACAAGGGCGUUUGGAGUUCACGUGUUCCAACUUGUAAAGCUUACUGCACGAAGAUUAGGGAUCUGCCAAAUGGACACGUGUUUGGCACACGCUUCUCCCAUGGUCAAGUGGUUUCUUUCAAAUGCAAACAUGGUUACGAGUUGGGUGGAGAUCGUAGCCUUCGUUGUAUUAACGGAAGAUGGAAUUCUUCUGUCCCGCAAUGUAAAGUUAUGCCAUGUGUAAAACCCUCCAUUCCAAGUAAUUCACGUAUCAUAUAUCCAAGAACGGAUCAAGUGAGAUACACACACGGUACAACCCUUUAUCUGGCCUGUCAUGAAGGUCAUCUUUUGACGGGAUCGCCGAUUAUGGAGUGUAACUAUACGACGUGGCUGAAAAGAGAAUUCAAGUGCAUCGCCUCCUGUCCCAUCCUUGGACCAGUAAGGAACGGAGUCAUCACACAUGUAACACGGAAGGGUGGUGGUGAAGUGGAAAUAAAGUGCCAUGCAAAUUAUACGUUAUUCGGAUCCUCAAGAUUGAACUGCAUAAAUGGAGAAUGGAGCAGCAGUAUUCCUUCGUGUAAAGCACCAUGUGCCAAACCUGCUGCACCUCCAAACGGAGGAUUGUGGGGCAGAGAUUUUAGACAUGGACAAUCAAGUAUUGUAAACCCCUUCCACUGUUAUCUAAUGGAAAAAUUCAUAACAAUGGUGUCAGUCAUGGGGCCGUGGUCUCUUUCUCCUGUAAUUCAGGAUUCCAGCCCCAAGGGUCCUUACAGAUCAAGUGCCUCGAUGGGAUAUGGAAUGAAAGUUCACCGAGUUGCAUAG